GUCACGUACAGCUGUUGGAGAUUAUUGUGUUUGAAAGAAAUGUUGACAACGAAAAUAAAACGCAACAUAGAAUUUCUGCGAAAUGGAAAAUAUAUUCCAGCGGAUAAUGGUAAUUCUAUGGAUGUAAAACCAGUUUGGUUCGAUGAAAGAAAAUAUAAUCGAGCUAAGGAAAUUGUUAUGGAAAAUAUCGUCAGUAUCUUUCUAUCGCAUCUAGCUGGUUUGAUACUGAUAUUUCUGUACACACCAUUAGUAGAACCAUUUCUCUUUACUGGGGAAUCCAGUAGUUUACCAGCUCUUCGACGACGUUACCUUCUCACUUGUAAACACGUGUUAAAAUGGUACGCGGGUGACAUUUGGAAUCCAAAGGAUUCGGCUUAUAAAUCCAUUCUUACAGUCAGGAAUAUGCACAAAAAUGUAGCUAUUCAAAUGGAUUCUCCAACGAGUAGUCUGAAAGCUCCGGAAGGGAUGUUGUUUUUUUCACAAGCAGGAAUGUUAGCUACUCAGUUUGCUUUUAUCGGUUGGUUAACAUGUUUUCCCAAAGAAGUAGGAUUGUACUGCGACAAAGACGAUCUGGAAUGCAUUCUUCACUUUUGGAGAUGCAUCGGCUAUCUUUUAGGAAUGGAUGACAAAUACAAUAUAUGUGAUGGAAAUUAUGAAGAGACUGUUGUAUUAUUUAAAGAAAUUAUAGAAGAAGAAAUAAAGAUAGGUAUGAGGAAUCCCAGGAAAGAAGGGUUGAAAAUGAGCAAAGAUAUUGUAACAGCUUUGAGUACAGUGAUUCCUUUACUGAGUUGGAAUGCCCUGAAGAAAUACUGGUUCGAAAACAUUGACUUUCCGGUUGAUUUUACUUUGAAUUUUUAUGAUAUUGUCUGUUUUUGGUUUUAUAAAUUGCUGUGUAAAAUAAUUUUAAGGUUUAGUCAAACAAUGAAAUUAACUAAUUAUUUAUUCAAAUGUUACAUAAAGAAAUUUAAUGUAAUUAACUUUUAAUCAUUAUGAUGUAGCCUAUUAAUUACAACAGCGACUGUUAUAAGUGACUAAGGAAUAUGUUAAAUAACUCGGGUCGAAAACUUUUGUAUUUAUAAUUUUUAAAAACAUAUGUAAAUAUUAACAGUUAUUUUAUAGAAAGAAAAUAAAU